CGGAAGUACAACAUUUUGUAGGUUGGCGAAGGAGGUGCACUGUUUUUGUUAUGUAAACCUGAACGUUGUUUAUCGUACAGAGUCCAUUACUGUUGCCGGCAAUCUUCCACGUCCGAUUCAUCAAAGAGGUUCAAGUGUACGCAGUGAGCAUUAGUCACAUCUACAGCUUGAGGUAGGACUUUACUUGCACUAGGGUAACAGGAGCCCAUUCUCAUCAAGAUGGCCGAAGCUGCUUUACACACCGAGACCACUUUCAAGAUUAGACAUGUACACAUCGAAUGCCCAAUCUGCCUGAGUCGGUUCAUCGAUCCGAAAAUCCUGGACUGUCUUCACAACUUCUGCUUAAAAUGUCUUCAGGAACUUAUAGACAAACAGGAUCCGAAGACGGAUAUUAUUAUUUGCCCAAUGUGUAAAAAAGAAACAUCAAUCCCAGAUGGGGGAUUGUCGGAUCUUCUUAGCUGCUUUUUCUUGAGCUCGCUUAUCGAUGACGUAAUCAAUCGUGAAGGUACGAAGGAGGACAUUAUUAACCCUCCUGUCUUGACAUGCGAAGGAUGUGACGAAGGUCUUGAAGCCGUCUCACGGUGUGUUGGCUGUGAUGCGAAUUAUUGCAAGACAUGUCUGGAUCAGCACUCGAAGCUAAAAGCUAUCAGACAUCAUCAAAUCAUUGAUGCUGUCGGUUCGUCAAAUGAGCGACCCAAAGCCAAGGACAAAACUGAAACACCAAAGUGCCGGAAACACACUGACCAGGAACUGUGUUUCUACUGCGACACUUGUGAAUAACUUGUGUGUCCUAAAU